AUGGCUUACUCAACUGCCAUCUCGCGCCCUCUACAGCUCGCAACUCGCACUAUACAAUGGUGCAGUGCAGUGAUCGUGAUGGGAUUGACCUCAUACUUCAUUAGUAAAGGCCCGACUGGUCAGCACCUUAUCUAUCAGGAGGUCAUUGCCGUGCUCUCUGUGGUCUUCUUCCUCCCAGCAUUCGUGUCCCCCUUCCUCCCAACAGCACUAAGCAAAUUCGUCCUCGCAAUCGACGUCAUCUUCUCAUACCUCUGGCUAACCGCCUUCAUCUUCGCGGCCCAAGACUACAACUGGCACCUGUGCUACUUCCACUCCCGGCCGGGAUACCCUGCGGCCGAAAGAAGCAUGACAAUCACAACAUUGAUCAACAGACUAACACCUUUGGAAUUUAGCAUCUUUACAUUUUUCGGUGUAUUCCUUGAACUCGCUGCCCUCUGGGCUUAUCGUAAGGCGAAUCACGCGGUGGCACCUGUUCACGAGAAGAGCAGUGCGGCACCUGGUACUCGUGCGCCGUUUGAUGCGCCUGUAGAGGCUACUGCUCCGGCUGGAACUGUCUAG